GUCCAUCACGGGCGGCCGUGGGGCCUGUCCUCCUCGCUGCGCGCCCGGCGAGGCUGAGGGGGGCGGGGCCCGGGAGCUGCUGCGCCUGCGUCGUGGGCGUUCUCGGGGAGCAGCUGCCGUCGCCGCCGACGCCACUGCUGCGUUCGGGUGUAGAACCUGGAAUCCCUGCGCCUCGUUAACAAUGAAGCAGAGUUCGAACGUGCCCGCUUUCCUCAGCAAGCUGUGGACGCUCGUGGAGGAGACCCACACCAACGAGUUCAUCACCUGGAGCCAGAAUGGUCAAAGUUUUCUGGUUUUGGAUGAACAAAGGUUUGCAAAAGAAAUACUUCCCAAAUACUUCAAGCACAAUAACAUGGCAAGCUUUGUGAGGCAACUGAAUAUGUAUGGUUUCCGUAAAGUAGUACAUAUUGACUCUGGAAUUGUAAAGCAGGAACGAGAUGGUCCUGUUGAAUUUCAGCAUCCUUACUUCAAACAAGGCCAGGAUGACUUGUUGGAGAACAUUAAAAGGAAGGUUUCAUCUUCAAAACCAGAAGAAAAUAAAAUUCGUCAGGAAGAUUUAACAAAAAUUAUAAGUAGUGCUCAGAAGGUUCAAAUAAAACAAGAGACUAUUGAGUCCAGGCUUUCUGAGUUAAAAAGUGAGAAUGAGUCCCUUUGGAAGGAGGUAUCAGAAUUACGAGCAAAACAUGCACAACAGCAACAAGUUAUUCGAAAGAUUGUCCAAUUUAUUGUUACAUUGGUUCAGAAUAACCAGCUUGUGAGUUUGAAACGUAAAAGGCCUCUACUUCUGAACACUAAUGGAGCCCAAAAGAAGAAUCUGUUUCAGCACAUAGUCAAAGAACCAGCUGAUAAUCACCAUCAUAAAGUUCCACACAGUAGGACUGAAGGUUUAAAACCAAGGGAGCGGAUUUCAGAUGACAUCAUCAUUUAUGAUGUUACUGAUGAUAAUGCAGAUGAAGAAAAUAUCCCAGUUAUUCCAGAAACUAAUGAAGAUAUUAUAUCUGAUCCCUCCAACUGUAGCCAGUACCCUGAUAUUGUCAUUGUUGAAGAUGACAAUGAAGAUGAAUAUGCACCAGUCAUUCAGAGUGGAGAUCAGAAUGAGCCAGCCAGAGAAUCCCUAAGUUCAGGCAGUGAUGGUACUAGUCCUCUCAUGUCUAGUGCCAUCCAGCUAAAUGGCUCCUCCAGUCUGACUGCAGAUGAUCCUGUUACCAUGAUGGAUUCCAUUUUAAAUGAUAACAUCAAUCUUUUGGGAAAGGUUGAGCUGUUGGAUUAUCUUGACAGUAUUGAUUGCAGUUUAGAGGACUUUCAAGCCAUGCUGUCUGGAAGACAGUUUAGCAUAGACCCAGAUCUCCUGGUUGAUCUUUUCACUAGUUCUGUGCAGAUGAAUCCCACAGAUUACAUCAAUAAUACAAAAUCGGAGAAUAAAGGAUUAGAAACUACCAAGAACAAUGUAGUUCAGCCAGUUUCAGAAGAGGGAAGAAAGUCUAAACCCAAAACAGAUAAACAGCUUAUCCAGUACACUGCCUUUCCACUUCUUGCAUUCCUUGAUGGGAACCCUGCUUCUGCUGUUGAACAGGGGAGCACAGCAUCAUCAGAAGUUAUGUCCUCUGUAGAUAAGCCCAUAGAAGUUGAUGAGCUUCUGGAUAGCAGCCUGGACCCAGAACCGACCCAAAAGACCCUGUUAAGAAGAUGGAAAGACAAAGCUACAGACUGGGAGAAAAUAUCUGCAAACUGCAUAUCUGAUAAAGUACAAGUAUCUAAAAUAUAUAAGAAACUCAAAAAACACAAAUUUAAAAAAAUCCAAUUAGAAAAAGGCCAAAAAGACAUGAAUUGACAUUUCACGAGAGGACACAUGGAUGGCAUAUAUGCACAUGAAAAGAUAUUGUCCAUUAGCCAUUUGGGAAAGGCAAAUUGAACCACAAUGAGAUACCACAUUUCUCUCAGGACAGCUAAAAUAAGUGAUAUCAAAUGCAAAAAUUCAAAGAAACCAAACUCCUAUAUCAAAGAUUUGACUAUGAAAUGCUACUGUCACUCUGGAAAAUAGUUUGGCAAUUUCUUACAAAACUAAACACUUAACCCAUCCAUAAGGAUUCCUGUAUCCCUUCAUAUCUGACUCUGGGGAACCAGUAACCUGUUCUCCAUUUCUCUAAUUUUAUUGCAAGCAUGCUAUAUAAGUGCAAUACCAUAUGUGACCAUUUGGGAUUAGUUUUUAUAACCCAGCAUAUUGCCCUGGAGAUCCAUUCAAGUUGUACCAAUAGUUCACUCUUUUUAUAGUUAAAAUAGUAGUAUUCCCUGAUACAGAUGUACCACUGUGUUUAAACCUUCACCUGUUGGGCUAGUACCAAUAAAGCUCCUAUGAACAUUUAUGUAAUUUUUUGUGUGAACGUUAGUUCUUCUGGGUAAACAUCCAAGAGUUUUGUGGACAUUGUUUUGUGUAUAAUACUGGAGGAACUCAGACCAUUUCAAAUGAGUAGUUGAAUAAAAUGUAAUAAAACUAAGUCAUAUGGAAUAGAGCAUUUAUUUUUUUUAGUAAGGGAUUUAAAAAAAAUACUAUCCUAAGAAUAAGA